GGAUCGGAGCGUCGCGGGUGUCCCCAGCGGCAUGGCGCAGACGCCGAACCCCAGCAGGAGGUCGCUGGUCGGCCCGGCGCCGAUGCCCUUCCUCACGCCGCGGCCGGAGCGGCGGCACCUCGAGAUGAGGUGGGCGGACGGGGGGUCCCAAAGCGCCGUGCGCCGCAGCGGCGUGGGCGCCGUUGCCGGCAACGGUGGAGGUUGGGGUGGAGGCGACAGGGAUCGCGAGGUGAACGUCCAGGUCGUGCUCCGGUGCAGGCCACUUAGCGAGGAUGAGCAGAGAGCGAAUGUGCAGAGCGCCAUCUCUUGUAAUGACCCAAAGAGGGAGGUCACAGUUCUGCACAGCCUCUUCAAGCAAGCAGACAAAACGUUUACUUUUGACAAGGUGUUUGGACCAAAAUCUCAGCAGAAGUUGGUAUAUGACCAUGCUGUUGCACCGAUUGUGAACGAUGUCCUCGAAGGCUAUAACUGCACUGUCUUCGCCUUUGGACAGACUGGAACAGGAAAAACGUAUACCAUGGAGGGAGAGAUGAGACAGAAGGUCAGUGAACUGCCGGAUACUGCUGGUGUCAUCCCUAGAGCAGUGCGCCAUAUCUUUGAUAUACUCGAAGCAGGAAAGGCUCAUUAUAGCAUGAAGGUAACCUUUCUAGAGCUCUAUAAUGAAGAUAUAACAGACCUAUUGGCUUUGGAGGACCAGAACAGAUUCCCUGAAGAUAGACAGAAGAGGCAUAUAACUCUUAUGGAAGAUGGCAAAGGCGGGGCAGUCAUAAGAGGGCUUGAAGAGAUUGUUGUCUACAGUCCUAGGGACAUAUAUAGCCUUUUAGAACGUGGAUCAGCUAGGAGACGCACUGCUGACACUGCAUUAAACAAGCAAAGCAGCCGAUCACAUGCUGUUUUUUCUAUAAACAUCCAUGUCAAAGAAACAACUGUAGGUAAUGAGGAACUCAUGAAGUGUGGGAGGUUGAACCUUGUAGACUUGGCAGGAUCAGAGAAUAUAGCUCGAUCAGGCGUAAGAGAGGGUAGAGCAAGAGAAGCCGGAGAAAUGAAUAAGAGCUUAUUAACUCUGGGGCGUGUCAUCACAGCGCUUGUGGAGCAUUCUGUUCAUGUGCCAUACAGGGAUAGUAAGCUCACCAGGCUGCUAAGAGAGUCAUUAGGAGGAAAAGCCAAAACAUGCAUCAUAGCAACGGUGUCUCCUUCUGUUCAUUCCCUGGAAGAAACACUGGUUACACUUGAUUAUGCUUCUCGUGCUAAAAGCAUAAGGAAUAAGCCUGAGCCAAAUCGAAAAACAUGUAAAUCUGUUAUGCUCAAGGACAUCUACCAAGAAAUGGAAAGAAUGAAACAAGAUGUCAAAGCUGCAAGGGAAAAGAAUGGAGUCUAUAUCCCUCAUGAAAGGUUUGUCCUAGAUGAGGCAGAAAAAAAGUCAAUGAGGGAAAAAAUGGAACAUUUGGAGCUCAGUCUUGAAAAGCAGAACAAAGAAGUUGAAAAAUUCAAAGGCUUGUACCUAGCAGAGCAGGAACGCCGCUUGGAUUUUGAAAGUCAGAACAAAGAUUUGAAGGUAAAUCUUGAAAGCUGGAAGGGAAAGUUUCUAGAUCUUCAAGAAGCUCAUUGUAGAGCUAACAUGUUGCUGAGGGAGAAGGACUUCGUAAUCUCAAAUUUACUUUGUUCUGAAAACUCAAUUGUGGAACAUGCAAAGGAUAUGCGCAACAAUUUGGAAAAUGCAUAUGGAGAUAUUACUUUACUUUUGAGUAAAUUAGAAAGGCAAUCAAAAACUGAAGCUGCAAAUGAAGGCUUGCUAUCUAGUUUCCGGGAUGCAUUGGAUCAGAGUCUUGGAGUUCUGCAUAACACAGUGGUUGGAUCAGUUUGUGAACAGCAUAAAAUUUUGGAGUCUAUGAAUGAACAAACGAAGUCAUACUUUUCAGCUAAAACUGAGUCAGCAAAUCAAUUGGAGAGAAGAAUCACAAAAGCCAAAGAUAUGUAUGUCUCUGGGGUCCAAUGCAUGAAGGAGCUUGCUGAUACCCUGAGACAGCGAUCUAUCAUAGACGCUGAGCAGAUGAGGCUUAACAUAUCUACUCAUGCGAUUACUGUUGACAACUUUCUAGCGAUGAUGGUUUUGGAAGCUGAACAAAUUCUGGAUGAUGUUCUGAAAUCUACUUCAGAGCUCAAGGAACUUUUAGCCUUUUCUGCAGAACUACAACAGGCUGGAUUGAAAAGGAGUCUUACUUCUGCACAAGCCAUGUCAAAGACAUCAAUUGAUUUCUUUGAACAUAUCAGGAUACAUGUGUCUCGGCUCAUCAAACUUAUGGAGCAGAAUCAAAUAGAAAGGUCCUCAAAGCUUCUUGGAUUUGAGAAUGAGUUUAAGGAAAUUUGUGUUGAAGAUGAGCAAGCUGCUAUGAACAAGAUUGCUGCGAUUUUAGCAGGGUUGACUGCCAAGAAAACUACAAUGGUUUCAGCAUAUGUGGGGCAGCUGAAUGAGAGAUACAGUGAAGAGCAGAAACACCUAAAUUUGGAGAUUUGCAACCUACAGCAGAUUUCAGAUAAUGGCAAAGAUGAGUCGGUGGCUUAUGUUGGAGUAGUAGAGAGCCAGUUCCAGGAGGAUAUGUCAUCGCAUGCUAAAUUAAAUGAUCAAAUGGAAGGCAUCUUGCAGCAAUGCUUGAAGAAAGGUGGCCAUUCUGUAUCUUACUGGUCACAUACACAAUCAUCUUUGCAUGAUCUUUGUAAGAGCUCAAUCAUGGAGGCUGAUGAUUUUAUCGAAGAAAGAAGAAACAAAAAUGAAAAUAUUUUCCAGGAAAAGCUGAUGUUUUCUUCACAGAAUGAUGCAGAGUUUAAUGCCAUUACAUCUGAUGUGUUGACUUCUUCAAAGAAUUCCCUCUUAUUGGAUCAUGAAACUAGAAAGAUGAUAGAAAGUGCCUCCACCACUUUCUCGGAUCAUCUGGAAUUGCUGAAUGAAAGACACAGUGAAGGCACAGAGUCUAUAAGAAACAUUUCAAGUAACUGUCUUGAGAAGAAUUACAUGGCUAAUAGUCCGAUUCGGCACCGUCCACGGGAACUACUGACCAAUGCAAACAGCUUGGAAGCAAUUGAAGAACUAAGAGCAUCUGUUCCAGAUCUCGUGGCAAAGUUCAGGUCGGAGAACAAGCUGGAUGAAAUUGACAAGGGGAAGCAAUUCUCGGAUCAAAGGACACGCACUUCAAGAAGUCCUCUGAUGCCUGUCAAUCAGAACGUUGAGUGAAGAACGCAGCAAAUUGUAUGAUGCUCAAAUGUUGUAAAGAUGGCAAGAUAUCUUGCCGAUUUGUCACCUUAUUUUAUCAUGCCUCAGCUGCUGCUGUGUGCGAAGAUUCUGAUUAGCGUAUCAGAAGGUCAAAACGAUUUGUUUUCUCUUUGUGAAGUAGUAUUAUCUAAAUGAGUGUGAUUUUCUUAGUCUUA